AUGGCUCAUCCAACAUCCAGAGGAGCAUAUCCGCUUCCGGGUGCCUUUGGGACAUCUAGGGAACGCGAGUCUUUUAGGUACCUGCCUCCGUACCAUCUGCAAGCGCAACCCCUUCCCCAUAUCGAUCAAGACACCCAACCCACGCCGUCUGUUGCCCGCUCCUCGCUGGAUCCGGCUUUGACCUCAUUCGCUCAGCUGGGCACUUUCCGGUUAAACGCCAAACGGACACUGAUUUCGCUAUUUGGCCGAAGUGCACAGUUCGUACUCACCGAGGCCACAUCUAAUCUGGGACUGAGCGGUGACCCCAGUGACAAUGAGCGCCAGGGGUUAUGGAUUGGAUGUUGCACGGUCAACUAUCAGCGUAGUCUGUGCAAAUCUUUGGUAAAGCAUUCGCAGACUACGGGGGACAUUUAUCAGCCGUUAGUUGUAACGGAUUUGAGUCAAGACGACGAGCUGAAAGAUCAUACAGAUGUCGUGAACCAGCCCCAUAUGCGCUUUAUGGCGUGUAGUCCCAUCGUGAGCCCAAAGGGGAUAUUGAUUGGAUCUUAUACGGUGUUGGACGACAAGCCUCACGACCCAUUGGAUCAUGGCUCGAUGAAAUUCUUGACUGACAUCGCUUGUACGGUUAUGGACCAUCUAGAUGCAACUCGAUCUCGACAUGACUAUCUUCGAAGUGAACGAAUGAUAGUGGGACUCGGAAGCUUUUUGGAAGGAAAAGGCUCGCUGCGCAACGCGUGGAUUCAUGAGCAUGAGAGUGCUUUUACGCCAAUAUCCCCGGGCGAGGACCUUGACAGAGAAGGGCAUAUCAAUCAAGCGCAGCAGCAGAAGCAAGUUCUUGAGCAUGACUUAUUGGCUACAGCAGCCCACAACAAUCAAAUUGAAUUGCCGUUCCGCCCACAAAAUUUCGACACCACCCGAAGCCAGAAGCCAAUAAGCCUCGGCACGCAAUCAAACCUUUUGGCCACCUCAACUAUCGAGUCGCGGGAUUAUUUUUAUCCUCGACAUAGACGUGGAUCCCAUACGGCCAUCGCGCCAUCAUUCAAGGGGUCUCAAAAGCAACCGCCGAAAGCUAAACAUGCUACCAAAAUAAAAGAGACAUUCUCUCGCGCUGCCAACAUCGUUCGUGAGAGCAUGGAGGUGGAGGCCGUUGUUUUCUUCGAUGCCAAUUUCCGUUCCCCACAUGCCUUGGUGAAACCUCCCAAGAAUGACGCUGACAGUGGUAGUAACUUGGAAAGUUGCUCCUCUAGUGAGGAGGAAGCAAAGGGCCGUGGAAUUCCUCCACUCCAAGAACUUUCAAGUGGUCCAGAGCCUAAAAAUUGCGGCAAAGACUCUGUGGACCCUUGUGAGAUACUUGGAUUCGCGACAUCGGAGGUCUCUAGCGUGAACAAGGAGCGCCUGACCAACAACACUGUAGCAAUAUCUGAAACUUUCCUUGCGCAGCUUCUACGCCGGUAUCCACGAGGCCGGGUUUUUAAUUUUGGCGCCGAUGGGUCUAUCUCAUCAGAUGAUACGAGUGAUGGCAAUCUCCCACGGAAUGGAGCCAAGAAGUUUAAAAGAACUCGAAAGUCGUAUCUACGCCAAGAUGGGGCGACUCUCCGACAACUCGCCCCUAACGCUCGUAGUAUCGUAUUCUCUCCACUCUGGGACUCGCACAAAGAGAGAUGGUACUCGGGUUGCUUGACAUGGACAAAGGCCCCUUACCGUGCCCCCACUACAAACGAUGACUUGGCUUUCUUGUUCGCAUUUGGGCACAGUUUGAUGGCGGAAAUCCAUCGACUGGGUGCUCUAUUGACCGAGCGAGCGAAAUCGGACUUGCUGGCGGGAAUUUCUCACGAGCUUCGAUCGCCUCUCCAUGGAAUUUUUGGCACAGUGGACAUUUUAAACGAUACUGCCAUGGACGUCCUGCAACGCGGAUUUAUGCAUACCAUUUCAUCUUGUGCUUUUACGCUUCUUGGGUCAAUAGACCAACUUUUGGAAUAUGCCAGUAUCAAUGAUGUUCAGCCCAAACCGAAAAAUGCAGAACCCCGAAUUCCAAGGAAUCUUGCAACGGCAAGCGAUGGAGAAUCUCAUGGAGAAUCUCAACUGAAGAAAACAGACCAAUAUUCCAUUGUUCAGUUGGAUGCUGUCGUGGAAGAUGCCAUUGAAACGGUUUUUGCAGGAUAUUCAUUCCUCAAAGCCACGGACACACGAAACCCAGUACCAUCCAACGGCAGCGCCUUUAAUCCUUUCGAUUUUGAGGAUAAUGUCAAGGUCGUUCUUGACAUUGAUCGUUCCAAGAAAUUGAAGUUUGCCGCUCGUCCCGGGGCUUGGCAUGUUAUUCUUACAAAUUUCUUCGGCAAUGCCUUGAAGUUUACGGAAGAAGGAUUUAUAUAUGUUUCUCUCAAAGCCGAUCCGGUCAAGUUUGAUGCCGACGGUGAAGCUCUGCAGUCAAAAAUCACGUUGUGUAUCAAGGAUACUGGAUGCGGAAUGGAAGAAGAAUUCCUCAAGAACGAAUUAUUCACUGCUUUCUCGAAAGAAGAUAAACUUACCAUUGGGAAUGGCCUUGGAAUCAACAUCGUCAACCGUAUAGUAUCAUCACUUGGUGGUGAAAUUCAAAUCACAUCGCAAAAAGGCGUCGGAACAGAGGUUGUGACGACUGUGACACUGGACCAUGUUUCUCAGGAUAGUCUUCCACUUGGUAGUUCCAAUAAUGAACCAUUCUCCCCAGCCACGAGGGCUUUUGUGAAUGAGAAAACUAUCGGCAUAAUACUUCAUACGACAUCUGAUGGGGAUGCGGCGCUACUUUCAGCUACUCAUAGAGUGUGCGAAAACUGGUUCCAGAUGAAGGUCGAAUUGGUCGAUCCAUCUGACAUACACCUUGGCCAUUGUGACUUUUACAUUGCCCUUCAUGAAUCUCUGGCUUUAGGAAAUCAUGGUAUCCUGCCCAUUCGCAAUCGUUAUCGUGGUCGAGCAAGCCCGCCAGUCAUUAUCAUCUGUUCCUCUCAAAGGAUUGCGCAUGAAUUGGCGUCCCAAGACCGAAAGAACUCAGGAGUCUUCGAAUUUAUCAGCCAGCCUUGCGGGCCUUACAAAUUAGCAAAAUCCUUGGAGAUAUGUGUCCAACGCCAGUUGCUUCGCGACGACUCUUCGCAUCGAUCUCCAUUCGCCCCGAGUCCUAAUUCCAUGGCGUCAGAUAUUCAGUCCUAUGGCAAAAUGAUUCAAGAUUCAACUUCACACAAUAUGUCGCUUUUGAAUACUCCGUCGGGGCCGUUAAAAACCCUCCCGAAAGAAGCGAUCACCAAUUCUCUAACCCCACCCGCGUUCCUCGUCACCCCGGGAUGGGACCAAAAUGCGGCCGCUGAGGAUUAUCUUUCUGUUCAACCUUGCCAUAGGAUCAUCCCUGGGACAAUCCUCUUGGUGGAUGAUAACGAGAUCAACAUCAAGAUUCUGGUGGCUUACAUGAAGAAAUUGGGCUACUGCUAUGCUGCAGCACGUAAUGGACAAGAGGCCCUUGAUUUCUUCAAGGCGAACGCACGUGUUGUUGAGGUUAUUUUGAUGGAUAUUUCAAUGCCUGUUAUGGAUGGGAUCGAAUCCACUCGUCGAAUCCGCGAAUUUGAAAAGACUGUUCAGGAUAAAGAACGGACUUUGAUUAUCGCAUUGACGGGCGUGGCGCAAGUGGAAACCGAACGCGCCGCUGUUGCGUCUGGGAUGGAUACAUUCUUGACCAAGCCCGCCCGAUUGGAUAGCCUUUUGCCGCUUAUAGAACCACGACUGCCGCGACCAGAGACGGGGAAUGCCGGGAGGUGA